AGGACUAUAUUGAUACAUGUCAUGAAAGUGAGAGAUGAAAUUAGGUAUUUAAUCAAAUUUGUUUAAAACAAUUUAACAAGCAUAUUAAUGUUAAUGUUAGGGUAGGUUCAAUUUAGCAGCGGCUGAAGGAAGAAUUAAAUCAGAGAAAGAGAGAGAAAACUGUGUGAAUGAAAAUGAGCAACGAAUCAACCCCGAACACGAAGAGCGACGGUGGUGUAAAAUUGGGAGGAGGAGGAUUGAGGUCAAAAUUGAAUCACUAUCUUUACAGCGGCGAAAAGAAGCACGUUUUCGCCGGCUUAGUUCUCAUCACUGCCGUUUUUUCAGUACCAUGGUUCCUUAUGAGCAGAGGAUCAAAACACCAGUCUCAUCAAGAUUACUUGGAAAAAGCCGAUAAAGCGAGGAGCCAAAGACUCUCAUCCAGUCCUGCUUCUGCGAAAUGAUCUUAAAAAGCCUUCCGUUAAAGAGUACAGUUUCAUGCAACUCUAGAUUUAAAACGCUUUAGUUAUGUCUGCUGGAUGUCCUGUUCUCUUGAGUUUUUUCGGUGGGAUGGAGGUCCAUUUUUCUCAAGCUGUUGUACUUUCCGCUAAGUCAAUCUUUUAAUAAAAAUACAAAUGAUCUUAGAUAACUUGAUGUAGUAAAUUUUUCCUAUAUAAUAAAAUUUCUUGCAUAUGAUUUGGCUGUUUGCAGCAUAGUAAUAGGAUAGGGAGACUUCUCAUUGUAUGUGUGUGUGAAAGUGCAACUUAUCUCCCAAAUGAGCAUAUGCAUUGGUGAUAAUUUU